AUCUAUUACACACAGCUAAAACGUCAUCAAAAUGACGCCUUGUAGAUCUGAAUGCAAAUUACAAUAAAUACCUCGAGAGACUUGUGUAACUACUGGAGUUGUAAUAAAUCGACAUGAUUCAAGUGCCUAAUAACAAAAACGAAUCGUUAGCAUAAUUCUUAACCUGAUGAGUUGAAAAGAAGUUGCCCCUUUGACACGAGUAGUCAAUAUACCUGCAAUUUUGUUCAUGUAAACAUUACUGAAUAUUUUCGUCUUUCAUACGAUUCUGUCAAUAUUUUGGAAAAUAAAUAAACCGUAAUUCUCGUGACUCACAGUUAUUCCUACGGUAAGGUGAAAGUGAAGGUUUAAUCUUAUCUACGGAAUACGCCACGACACUUCAUAAACUCAUCUAGUAUAAGUCUCACGUAGCGAUAGAACCGAAACAUGUAAUUACAACGUGCAGCAAGGAGCUUACAGAUAAUUUUGGAAACUCUGCUUAGUCUUCCAAUACUUGAAUAUCCUGGCUGUUACUUGUCUUGCAAUGGAUAUUCGAAGGCGAUGAAAUAUACUUGUGAAAUUUGAUGCAAAUACCUUCAGAGGUGCUGAGUGUUUCGGCAUAACGAUCAAAAAACGAAAUGGAGCAACAAAACAUGGAGGGUAGUACGGAACAGACUGGGAAUAGCAACUUCAAUGAGUCCAUAAGCAAUGCGACAUGUAAAAAUGUCACGCUGAAAGAAGUAGCUCGGCUUCAUACAGCAAAUCAGGCUCUGGAUACGCCUCCUCAAGAUAUUCUUAUCGAUCAUUUGAAAAUUGAACCUAUGGUUACAGAGGUAAUUACAGAACCAAUGGCUGUAGUGAUGGAAAAUCAUGAAAAUCCACUAGAUUUCCCAAGCAGCAAGAAUUGCGACCCUAAUAACGAAUGCACGUUUGAAGUUGCUGAACAGAUGGUUGAAGUAGUCACUUCAGUUGAUACUUCCGAAGUUGAUACAGAGCUUGUAGCAAAAGGAACUUUGGAUGAUUCAUUGAAGGAAGAGACGAGUCAGUUGAUCGAAAUGAAAACAGAGAACAUUUCUGAUUUGAUGCAUCAAAAUCUUUCUUUUGAUAUCGACGAUUGUGGUCACCGGGCUGUCGAAGAUGCAACUGUUGUUGAGGAAACUAUACAAACUCACGAACCUUGUGACCCAAGUGUGAUGAGCAUUGUUGAAGAAAUAGUUACGACAAGUAAACAGCCGUAUACUGUAGAAAUCCAAGAGGAGGACAGUUCGGACGACAGAGAAGGUUUUGUAACGAAAGAGUUGGUUUUGCUGGAAGUUGUCGAAGACGGUGAUGCAGGGGUAGAAGAAAACGAUGCCGCUGUUGAAGAAAGCGAUGCAGCCCUUCAAGAAAGUGAUGCAGCUGUUGAUGAGAAUAUUAUUGAGUUAGAAAUUGACCAAACGCAUGACUGUGUGGCCACUAGCAGUGAGCCUAUUUCGAAUGAAUUAUUCCUGUCUAAAAAUCACGAUAAUGAAGAUAACAGUCAGUUAGUUUCAGAUAAGUCAGAAAUCAAAGAUGCGUCACCGGAAAAUGACAAUGAGGAUCAUGAGAGUACAACAAUUGUUAGCGUUACAAUAAAAACUGACCAAACCGCUGAAAUAACAAGAAAUGAGAAAUCAUCCGUCGAAUCGCAAGUGUUAAGGAAACCAGAUAAUCACAGAAGUGUUAUCCAAGAAAUUGUUGAUGAUUGGAUCGAUGAUAACAAUGACGAUAUACCCGAUUGUAAACACAGCGCAAGCGACUCCCAUGAUUCUGUAGAAAUUGAAUUGAAAACUCUAUUGGCUGACGACAAACCUACCCACAAGGGUGAUAAAAUAGUUGACGACAGUUACCAGAUUAUAAAUAAAAGUUCAAGUAAAGAAACAGUCAAUAUAAAAGAGAAGAAAAUGCGAAAGGGUACUGAAUCUGUCGACAAAGAGCGUGUAAAUGGGUUAGAAAGUGAAACCAGCAAAGGCGGCACAACUGUUGAUGAAACCUUGGUGGCGAUAAAACCUGAAUCAGUACCUGAAGCAUUAGUUCGUGUAGUCAGUAAGCCAACGACCAAUCGGUCAGGGGUUACUAUGAUAUCAAAAAAGAAGCAACAACCUACCAGAGCUGGAGUAAAAGUGCUGGGACGGCAUUUAAUGAGUCAAAUCGCAUCUAAGGCUGAUGUGACAGAAGUUAUACAAGAACGUAUUAAGGAAAAGCAGAAGGAAAUUGAUCUGCCACAGGGUGGUGAUAUAUUGUUUGUAAAAAAAAUCACGCAACGUUUAUCGAGCAAGUUAUCGGGUGCUUCGACUAACGCUCUGUCUGCAAAGAUAUCAUUCUCUGAACCGUCCAAGAUGUCUUCUGAAUAUUAUACUAAAAAAUCACCGGCCAAAGAUAAAAUAAUGGAUGUCGCCGAGAGAAUUGAAACUGCUGAUAACAGAGAAUUACUUGCAAUCUUGGAGGGUGACGUCGAUCCUGACUGGUCAAAUCUCAAACCCCAUACAGUUGUUGAGUCGACUAAGAGUUCAGAACCAACACCAAAUACAACAUCAACACCAGUGAAACUUGAUCCGUACAAAGAAAGGGAACUGGCCUUGAAGCAACUCCUUGAACUCCCGAGUAUAUCUCUGAAAAGGCACUCAAGAAAGAGAAGAACAUUUAAGCCUGCACCAAGCAAAGUAUCCUCUGACACUGAUGAAACUCCGCCAAAUAUUAACGCUGUGCAGACGACUGCAUCUGUCGUUGAUGCGGAAAAUAUGCAGACCGAGCCUGCGGAAGAAGAAAAUCCACCUCCAACAAUCGAAUUGGUAGUAAAACAAGAAAGAAUGCAGGUCAGCGUAGAAGAUCAUUCGGAAGAAUCACGGUCUGGUAGAAAGCGAAAACCGACUGAAAAAGCUCGUGAACAUGAGCAAAAUUCAUCUAAAAAACAGAAAGUGUACAAAGGAAAAGUGGCUGCGCAGAAAAAACCUAAUAAAAUCGAAACGUUGGUUGAGGAUUCUGUUCCGGAAGUCCCAGCAGUUGAGACAUCUGUUGAUGAAAGCGAAGCGACAUCCGUAAUUUCAAAAACCACAAGUAGGAAUCUUCUUUCGAAAGUUGGCCCGACGAAAAAUCGAAUGUAUCAGUCUAAAUCACAGAAAAUGGGGAAGAAAUUAGUUCAGACUAUUGGAAAGCGUAAUGUACCAGUAAAGAAAUUACUUCGCCAAAAAUCUUCUACCAAUGUUACAAAUGCAAAGUCUGUUCACAUGAAAUCAAAAUUCAUCUCAUCCCCGAAAAAAUAUAGGACCCCCAUCAAACAACAGCAACAACAACAACAACAACAACAGAAGGUACAGAAACAGUUAAUGGAAGUAUCUUCGAGCGAUACAAAACCCAAGAAGAAGUCAAACGAAAUAGAUAAACUACUUCAGGACGAAGGAGUGGUCAAUUUGUUGUAUGAUGUUGAACAACCGGAAAGGAAACGUCUGAUUCCAAUUACAAAGUCCCAAACGAAAGUCAUGGACCUGCACAAGGUGCAACGGGAGCUGAAAAUCAGAACAAAAUUAGUACGAAAUGCAGUAUUGCGACUUCGUACUUCGGGGGGUAGCCCAACAAAAAUAUCGAGAUCUAAACGAGGCACACAACAAAUUAACCUGCCUGAGAAUGAAAACAGAGAAAAUGAGCGUAUCAAGUCAACUCGGUCGUCUGUAUCGUCCUCGGGUGAUUUUAUAUAUCCAGCCAAAAUCAGAAACGCUGCUGAUGCGUCAAUAAUUGUAAGAAGGCAUUCGUCCAGCUCAUUUUCAAGUACUUCAGGAAGUCCGAGAGUCAGCAUCGAUGGACCAGACAAACAAACAGAACCCAGCGGAGCUGAAGAAGGUCCAGCACACGUUACGAGAUCUGCGAGGCGACGACAUUCACAAAACGAGAAGAACAAACAAUCGACUGAUACAUUAUCACCGCACAAAAAAGUUGGUGUCAGUAGAAAAAAAUCAACAGAAAGCACCGAGCAUGAGUGUGUUGUAUCCCUUGAAAAAGGUAUUACAGUAGCGAGUCGUCCAAACUUGCGUGCAGAUAGUAGAAGUACUGAAAAACUCAAUAAAAAUAUUGAGACAACUGAUAUUGGACAGGCUAACAGCCACGUUUCUGGAAUUAAAGUAUCAACUAGAUCAAAUGGGGCAUCUUUGGAAAAAGAAGUGACGAAAAUGAAGAAAGGAACAAAAACGAAAGCAGCUGCAAACAAAGCAAAAGACGCUCUUGAGUAUGAAAUGGAUAAUGAACAAGAGGACAAACUCUCCGCUUGUUUAGCUGAGGCAGUUUCCGCUCUUUCAAAUGUUGAUGCAACUGCUGGUAGUUCUGGAAGUACAAUUGUUCUCCGCAAACUAAAAGCACCUUCAAAUGCAACCAAACCGACUGAUAAAAUACAACCUGACUUGCUAGACCAGUUUAGCAGCAAUGAAAUCAAUCUGCGACGACACGGCAAUAUCGUUGAAUUAAUAAUGAUACCAUCAUCUAGCAAAUUGAAGAAUGGAAUCACCCUCCAGCUAAUGCAGGAACUUCGCGAAGUGUUAUUGUUGCUGAGAAGGGACGAUGGUUGUCGCGUAGUUCUUUUGACUUCCACCGGAACAAGUUUUUGUGAAGGUCUAGACCUCUCGAAUCUAAUAAAUUCUGAUAGAGAAGAACGUCGAGUCAAUGCCGAGGAACUGGCUAAUGGGGUCAAGGAGUUUAUAAAGACGUUAGCUAAUUUCAAUAAACCCAUAGUGGCAGGGAUACAUGGAGCAGCUGUUGGAUUAGGUGUUACGAUGUUGCCUUUAUUUGACCUAGUCAUCGCCAGCGACAAAGCCACAUUCAGUAUGCCUUAUGGACAGCUUGGGCAAAUACCUGAAGGAGCGGCCAUACUUACUCUGUCUCAAACUAUUGGAAAUACUGUUACAAGUGAACUUUUGCUCGGUGGAAGAACAUUGACGGCUAGCGAAGCUCUAAGGGCAGGACUUGUCUCCCGGGUUUUAUGGCCGGACCGUUUUCAAGGAGAAUUGAUACCUUCCUUGCGAGCCAUGAGCGAACAUUCAUCACAGUCAAUGGAGGCGACGAAAACAUUGCUGCGACACAGUUUACGCAAGAAGUUAGACGCUGCAUUGGAGUCCGAAAGUUAUCUGUUGAUCCAGCAUUGGUGUUCUGCAGAAUGCCAAACGUUGAUAAAAAAUUAUUUAGAUGGUAAAGGUCACUAAGUAAUACAGCGCAUUUAUUAUGGAUAUAGUGUAUUAUAUAUCUUUAUAUAUAUAUUAUAUCUAAUGACAAACGGAAUUAGGUAGUUCAGAUUUAUUUCACACCGUAUUCUGUGUAGAGUACUGGUAUAUUAUAUACAUAUAGAAUACAUAAAUUUUAAGGAAACGUAUCAUCAAACCAUGAAUACAGUGUACCAUAAAAUUACUCGUUUGGUAAUUUUUCAUAUUCUAUGUUAAAUUUAAUGAAUAACAAAGGCGUUUUCAUCAUCUGUAAAAUUUCAUGAACUGUAUGUGACAAAAACUAGUUCAAAUUGAACACUGAAUUAUGGUUAAUUUUGAAUCAAUCUAUUAGAAUGGCAUUAAAACAUUUGUUAGCAAGAUUGUCGUUGAAUUUUUUCACAAACUGUUACUACAAUUUAUGAUUUACCCUUAAGUAAGUUCAGGAAAGCAAUUUACUACAUUACUAAGUGAAAAAAAUGAAUUUUCGUCAAAUCCAAACUGUUUAAAAAGUACUGUUUUCUAGUAUUUAAUGAUGGGAUUAAUGACUGUAAGUUUCAAAGAAUCACAUUUCCGUUUUGAAGCAAUUAAUGUAUUGCAUGAAGGUCGAGACAUCAAAACACUUUUUUAUUGUGUUAACGUUUCAGCCCUGAAACGUGAACACAACAAAAAAGUGUUGUGAUGUCUCAACCUUCAUAUCCAAGAAUAAUGUUAUUCAACAAUUCACCAAGGUCAAGGAAAAAAAUCGUCUUCAUUAAUGUAUUGCAUAAGAUAUUACAAUAUUAUAGUUUUGUUGCUAGCGCACCAAUAUAGGAUUAUAAAAUUUAUUUUUGUGUCUUACUUCCUAACGUAUGUACUCGUUGAUAGUAAAUACAUACAUUAAGAAAUUCUAUUUUUAAGAAAAAUGUUUAUAUUUAAUAUAAAUUUGAAAUUUGACUCAGCGUUCACAUAAAUAUAUAUUUCUAUAUACUUGGUAGACUACAUGGAUUUUUUUCAUGCAAGUGGACGUCGUCGAAUUUAUUCAACUAACCAUAGAUCACUGUCACGCCUUCGUUAACCAUAACUUACUUAUUCGAACAAUGUUGUAAAAACAAAACUUGUAUACACAAGUUCGUUGGAGUAAGUUUGGUACGAUAUUUUCGGCUGAAAAACUAGCUAUAUUUCCAAAAGUAAACUACAAAUAUGUAAAUUAAAAAUCGGAUUUCAAGAUAAAUUCACGCAAACUUGCCUCUGUGCGGAUUAUUGUUUGUAGAAAUAUGAAAAUUGUAUGCAAUGGAAGAAAUGUAGGAAAGAAAUCAUACUAGGUCUGUCAAAACAAGUUUGAAAUGAAUUGGUCUCAGAUUUGUCAUCGGCUACUUCCAGAAUCCUAGCAAACGGCUGCGGGUAAGUUACGUAAUGGAUUUUUUCUAGAAAAUAAGGUUCCAUGAGAUCAAUUGAAUGUAUUGUGGUUGCUAAA